AUUUAUUAGUUAACUGAACAUUGUCCGUACCGGUUGUUGUUUUCUGUUUUGUGCUGCAGUCAUACCGAUAAACCUUGAAUUAAUCUAUUCAUAUGUGUAGUUCGUGUGUGUUCGUGUGCUGUUUGCGAAAAUUACUAAUUAUUGAUACAUCUAUUACCGCCGAUACCGAAUAUCCACCCGGUUAGUCUAGGAAAAUGACGAAGAGCAAGAAAAAGAAGGCCGCUUCUGACAAGAACAGUAAUAUAAAAGGGGAAGAGAUCGCUACCGCCUACAUAGUGACGCCGCCGGGCACGCCACCAAAAAACGGACUUAAGACCGCCAACAACUACGGCAAUGGCACGAGUGGAAGUUCCACUGUCCCCUGGGAACGGGAAAUCAUUGGGCAGUUUCUGCUGGAGAUGGGCGACAGUCAGAAGAUCAGUGCUCGCAAUGAUUGGUACGUGGAUAAGACGCAAAUGCGGAUGCUCUUCGAGGACUAUCUGGAAAAGAGUCCCAAAUACACGGAGCUUCGCCUUAAGCUGUCAGCCAAUGGAGCCUAUAAAUCUAGGAAAAUGACGAAGAGCAAGAAAAAGAAGGCCGCUUCUGACAAGAACAGUAAUAUAAAAGGGGAAGAGAUCGCUACCGCCUACAUAGUGACGCCGCCGGGCACGCCACCAAAAAACGGACUUAAGACCGCCAACAACUACGGCAAUGGCACGAGUGGAAGUUCCACUGUCCCUGGGGUAAGCAACAGGUCCAUGGCUACGGGGCUUUCCUUGCUCAUCAAAACCAUGUUGCUCUUCCCCAUAGAACGGGAAAUCAUUGGGCAGUUUCUGCUGGAGAUGGGCGACAGUCAGAAGAUCAGUGCUCGCAAUGAUUGGUACGUGGAUAAGACGCAAAUGCGGAUGCUCUUCGAGGGCUAUCUGGAAAAGAGUCCCAAAUACACGGAGCUUCGCCUUAAGCUGUCAGCCAAUGGAGCCUAUAAAAAGAUCAGUGCUCGCAAUGAUUGGUACGUGGAUAAGACGCAAAUGCGGAUGCUCUUCGAGGACUAUCUGGAAAAGAGUCCCAAAUACACGGAGCUUCGCCUUAAGCUGUCAGCCAAUGGAGCCUAUAAAGUGAGUAUCGGGGCGCUCUCAGUUCAGCAAAGACACUCUCGCACGCAUACUAAAAAAGCCCGUUCGCGAUAA